UACUGAUUACACAAAGCUACUCUCUUUGUUCUACACCGCAAAGACAAUGAAUAGUCUGUUUUCCAAUUUUUCUAAACCUUGUCAAAACAUGCGUUGCGGUUUGAAUGUGAACAUUCAAUCCUCAAAUUGGUAUAGUGAUUUAAAGCAAAUUCUAAAAUCAAUCAAAGGUAUAAAGUACAUUAUAGAUGCUGAAAAAGGAACUGCCAUUGUUGAAGGAAGAGUGAAUCCCAACACAAUUCUGACCAAGCUGGAGAAUUUAAAAGAAAAUACCAUUACACUGGCCUGGAUUGAGACAGGAAACCAGAAGAUUUGCUUUUCCGGCUAUGAAACCUAUCAAUAUCAUCAUCGAUACCCUUAUCAUGGCGGUGGUUAUUGGCCGCCAGGCAAUAGCUUAUAUGAUCCUUAUUAUUGCAGCAGCAGCAGCUAUGGCUCUGUGGCACCAUGUUAUGAACCCUAUGGCUACUGGCCCAUUACUUCUGGCUGGAGAUACUAAUUAGACUUCUUAGGUAUAUGUAUUUUCAUAGACAAAUAGGGUUUUUUUGAUCUAUUUUGUCUAUGGUUAUGGAGACUUAAUUUGCAUUUUAUUGAAACUUUAAUUUUUGUGUUAUGUGUUGGAGUAUAUUUUUGUAUUUCCAAUAAUAAAAUUUUCCUUUGAAU